AUGCAGUCCCAGGAAGAUGCUCCACGCUCCCGCCGCCUCGCCAGUCCUCGGGGUGGGAAACGGCCCAAAAGGAUUCACAAGCCCACGGUUUCGGCUUUUUUCACGGGCCCAGAGGAGCUGAAGGACAUGGCUCAUUCUGCAGCCCUGCUGGCACAGUUGAAGUCCUUCUAUGAUGCGCGGCUGCUAUGUGAUGUGACCAUCGAGGUGGUGACGCCUGGCAGUGGGCCUGGCACAGGCCGCCUCUUCCCUUGCAACCGUAACGUGCUGGCUGCCGCAUGUCCCUACUUCAAGAGCAUGUUCACUGGCGGCAUGUACGAGAGCCAGCAGGCGAAUGUGACCAUGCACGAUGUGGAUGCCGAGUCCUUUGAGGUGUUGGUCGAAUACUGCUACACGGGUCGUGUGUCCCUAAGUGAGGCCAAUGUGGAACGCCUUUACGCCGCCUCGGACAUGCUACAGCUCGAGUAUGUGCGGGAAGCCUGUGCCUCCUUCCUAGCCCGCCGCCUUGACCUGGCUAACUGCACCGCCAUCUUCAAGUUCGCCGAUGCCUUCGGCCAUCGCAAGCUGCGCUCACAGGCCCAGUCCUUUAUAGCCCACAACUUCAAGCAGCUCAGCCAGAUGGGUCCGAUUCGGGAGGAGACUCUGGCAGAUCUGACUCUGGCCCAGCUGCUGGCUGUCCUGCGCCUUGAUAGUCUAAACAUAGAGCAUGAGCAGACAGUGUGUCACGUUGCUGUGCAGUGGUUGGAGGCGGCUCCCAAGGAACGGGGUCCCUGCGCUGCAGAAGUCUUCAAGUGUGUCCGCUGGACACACUUCACUGAUGAAGAUCAGGACUACCUGAAAGGGUUGCUGACCAACACCACUGUGAACAAGUACUGUCUGGACCUUAUCGAAGGGGCCCUGCAGAUGCGGUAUGGUGACAUGUUGUACAAGUCUGUGGUGCCAAAGCCAGGGUGUAGCAGCAGCAGCUCUGUUGUAUCCACAGGAGAAAAUCCACCCCAGAGGCUGGGUGCAUGUGCCAAGAAGAUGGUGAUCUUCUUUGGUCACCCUAGAGAUCCCUUUCUGUGCUGUGACCCAUACUCUGGAGAUAUUUACAAAGUGCCCUCACCUUUGACCUGCCUUGCUCACACUCGGACUGUAACUACCCUAGCAGUCUGUAUCUCUCCAGACCAUGACAUCUAUCUUGCUGCCCAGCCAAGGAAAGACCUUUGGGUGUAUAAACCAGCCCAGAAUAGUUGGCAGCAACUUGCAGAUCGCUUGCUCUGUCGUGAGGGCAUGGAUGUGGCCUACCUCAAUGGCUACAUUUACAUCUUGGGUGGGCGAGACCCUAUCACUGGACUUAAAUUGAAGGAAGUGGAAUGCUACAGUGUUCAGAGGAACCAGUGGGCACUGGUGGCUCCACUACCCCAUUCUUUUAUCUCCUUUGACCUAAUGGUAAUUCAGAACUAUCUUUAUGCUCUCAACAGUAAGCGCAUGUUCUGCUAUGAUCCUAGCCACAAUAUGUGGUUGAAGUGUGUUUCUCUUAAGCGCCAUGACUUUCAGGAAGCCUGUGUCUUCAAUGAUGAGAUCUAUUGCAUCUGUGACAUCCCAGUCAUGAAGGUGUAUAAUCCAGUCAGAGGAGAAUGGAGACAGAUUAAUAAUAUUCCUUUGGUGUCAGAGACCAGCAACUACCGGAUCAUCAAUCAUGACCAAAAAUUGUUGCUGAUCACCUCACGCACCCCACAGUGGAAAAAGAACCGGGUGACCAUCUAUGAAUAUGACAUUAGUGGAGACCAGUGGAUUAAUAUCGGUACCACAUUAGGCCUCUUCCAAUUUGAUUCUAACUUUUUUUGCCUCUCAGCUCGCGUUUAUCCUUCCUGCCUUGAGCCUGGUCAGAGUUUCCUCACUGAGGAAGAGGAGAUACCAAGUGAAUCUAGUACUGAGUGGGAUUUAGGUGGAUUCAGUGAGCUGGAUUCUGAGUCAGGAAGUUCAAGUUCUUUAUCUGAUGAUGAUUUGUGGGUCCAGGUAGCACCUCAGUGAUAUGCACAGG